UCGCGGGAUUUGUGCAAGACGACGCGCGACUAUCAAGCUGCCAUCCGUCUCUUCCGUCAAGCCCUCGCCGUAGGCACCGAUGAUAUCACCGUUCUUUCUGCUAUCUACAGUCAACUGGGCAACGCCUACUUCUACGAACAUGACUUCCUCCACGCCCUCGAGUUUCAUCGGUGGGAUCUCUCGCUUUCUCGGUAA